AUGACCUUCGCCACCGGCGGCUCUGGCGUAUUGGAGGCGCCGCAGGAGGUGCCGACCCUCGGCCAGCAGGUCGACAGUUUCGAGAAGCUCCUCAGGAGGAAAAUCAUUUCGCCCGCGCGCCUCCCCGACUCCGUUUUCCUCAUCGCCAUCUCCGGCAAUGACUACAUGCCCACUGUCUCCCUCCUGGGCAACUCCUUUGGCAAUGUGACUGCUGCCAUUUCCGAGACUGCGGGAAAGGUAACGAAUGGGAUCGUGGCGAACGUGAAGCGGCUGCGGAAGCUCGGGGCGAAGAAGAUUCUGGUGAACAACAUGCACCCGCUCGGCUGCACGCCGCGGCGCACCAGGCCUAGCAACUACACAAGCUGCGACGACCAUGGAAACAUGGUCACGUCCAUCCACAACAGCAACCUGAAACAAAAGCUGAGGGAUAGCCCCGCCAUCCGCAUACUCGACCUCAACACAGCCUUCACCAACAUCAUCAACGGGACCUCCGGUAAAUCGUCGCCACUGUCAGAGCAGUUCACGAACAAGCUGAAGCCGUGCUGCGUGGCUGAGGAUCCCGAGGGUUUCUGCGGGGAACUAGCAGGGCCCUUCGAGCAUCUUUACAAGCUGGACGGAGCUAACGUCAAGAGAUAUUUCUAUUGGGACGACAUGCACCCCACACAUGCAGGCUGGGAGGUCGUCAUGGCACAACUUGAAGGGACCAUCAAGGAUUUCCUCAACAUGAACUAG